GCGCGCAGAGUAAGAAUAUAACUUGGAUCUAACAGGUGUGGAUGUGAUUUCAUCAAGUGUUUUCGUUUCAGCACACGAGGGGUGGGUGCUCGACAUUAAGUGUCAAGUUAAUUUCCGAUUGGGCGGGUGGUGGACGUAUGUCAGACAUAUGCGCGCCGUGGGCGGGUGUCGACGUGUUUGUAAAAAAAAAAAAAAAAAAAAAAUAGGCAGAGGGGAGCGCAGCGCUUCAGCGUGUGGAUAAGCAGAGAUAGGUGAUGGUUAGAAGAGAUGUAAGUGGCGUCGGCCUCAGCUCUCCAGAGCUGUGAGCUUUGGCUGGGAGUGGCGUGGCGCACUGUGCCCCUCCGGACCGAAAACCACCUGUAUGGAUCACCAGACCUCCAGCGUGAUCCGAACGCCCUCGUCGGCCAGGCUCCAGAGCACCAACGCCACUGACAACUGGGGUUAUGCCGAGGUGGAGAAGGGCGUCAUGACGGUGGAAAACAUGCUGGAAGAGUCCGUUGUGCUGUCGGCGCCUCACCUGUCGGUGGAUCGAUAUGAGCGCAGCCGACAGGGUUGCUGCGAGAGGGUGGUCAUCAACAUUUCGGGUCUACGCUUUGAGACGCAACUUAAAACUUUCAACCAGUUCCCAGACACACUGCUGGGGGACCCCAGGAAAAGGAUGCGCUACUUUGACCCACUGAGGAACGAGUACUUCUUCGACAGGAACAGACCGAGCUUUGAUGCCAUCCUGUACUACUACCAGUCAGGGGGGCGCAUACGGAGACCUGUUAACGUCCCCAUUGAUAUUUUCUCUGAGGAGAUCAGGUUUUACCAACUCGGAGAGGAGGCCAUGGAGAAAUUCCGCGAUGAUGAAGGCUUUAUAAAAGAAGAGGAGCGUGUACUGCCUAAAAAUGAUUUCCAAAAGCAGGUUUGGCUUUUGUUUGAGUAUCCUGAAAGCUCGGGGCCAGCGAGGGGGAUCGCCAUCGUUUCUGUGCUUGUGAUUUUGAUUUCCAUUGUUAUUUUCUGCAUGGAGACUCUGCCGGAAUUUCGGGAUGAAAAAGACCAAGCCACGGUGGCUCCCACAGUUAAUGGCACUGCUCCCUACGUGCCAAGCCCCUUCACAGACCCUUUCUUUGUGAUAGAAACGCUGUGCAUUAUAUGGUUCUCUUUCGAGCUGCUGGUCAGGUUUUUCGCCUGCCCCAGCAAAACUUCCUUCUCCAAAAACAUCAUGAAUAUCAUUGAUAUCGUCGCCAUAAUCCCCUACUUUAUCACUCUGGGGACAGAGCUGGCCGAGAGGCAGACCAACGGCGGCCAACAGGCGAUGUCCCUGGCAAUCCUGAGGGUGAUCAGACUGGUGAGAGUCUUUCGCAUUUUCAAGCUCUCACGGCACUCGAAGGGACUUCAGAUAUUGGGACAGACCCUCAAGGCCAGCAUGAGGGAGCUGGGCUUGCUCAUAUUCUUUCUUUUCAUCGGAGUUAUCCUCUUCUCCAGUGCGGUUUACUUUGCAGAAGCAGACGACCCCACGUCCAGCUUCACCAGCAUCCCGGAUGCGUUUUGGUGGGCAGUUGUCACCAUGACCACGGUGGGUUACGGAGACAUGCACCCGGUCACCAUUGGUGGCAAAAUAGUGGGUUCUCUGUGCGCAAUAGCAGGCGUGCUGACCAUUGCCUUACCCGUGCCAGUGAUUGUGUCCAACUUCAACUACUUCUACCACAGGGAGACUGACGGAGAGGAGCACCCACACUACCUGAACACGGGCAGCUGUGAGCACCUCCCCUCAGAGGAGCUGAGGAGGUCGUGCAGCUCCUCGUCCCUCAGCAAGUCCGAGUACAUGGUGGUGGAGGAGGGCAUCAACAGUGCGUUCAAACAGCCCAACUUCACCACCGAGAACAACCAGAACUGCGUAAACAUCAAAAAGAUCUUCACGGACGUGUAAAUGAACCCCACACCAGAUCAUUUAUGGAGCAUGAAAGAAAACAGUAGCUAUGAUAUUUUUUUAUAUAGCCCAUCGUAAUGUGUCGGUCCAUAUCUGUGGAGGAACGCUGCGAAUGUCCGUUUUAACAAGGCAUUUCUGAUUUAUUUUUAUUUAAGCAACAUUCGAGUUGGUGUGUUUUGAGUAUUUCUGCAGCAAUCAAACACAUUUGCACUGGAAAAGUACAUGUUUCAGUCCAAGCUGUUGUCAGAAGAUUUAAAAAAUAGAAAAAAAACAUUUAACUAACAAGUAAGUGGCUUGUUAAAACAGAUUUUUCAGUGUAUAGUGCCACACGAUGCCUACAUAUCUAGAUGUUAUAACGCGAAUACACGUGUAGCAUAUUCUAGUCUAUUAUAUACUGAAUCUACCCGCCAGUCAAAAAAAACGACGUCUUGUGCUUCGUGGAAAGAAAAGUUUCAUUGUCCAGUAAUGUAAUCAAUAGACUAUGGUAAUUCAUACAGCCAAAUGUCUGUUUAGGUUAUAUUUAAUAUCAUAACCUGUCGAGAUGAUGGACUCUGAGUCUUGUUGGGAUUUUUAUUCAGGUAAUAAAAGCGCAGAGUGGAGUAGAUGGAAACGCUUAUCAGAAAUUAUACGUUGAGCUUUUUGUAAAGUUGUAUUUUUAUUCAGAAUUGCCUAUAUAGCCAUAUUCAAUAAAAGCCGAGAUGAAGUGA